CGUGACAGUUUCCUUUACCACUCGGUCCACUGCCAAGUCAGUUUUAUAGAAGAAAAUGGCUGGAGUGGUGCUAGAAAACCUGAGCAAUAGAAAGUUAUCAAUUCUUUCUAGUGUUCUACUAUUAAUUAUUGUGGCAUUUUUCCUUAUUGGUGGACUUAUUGCUCCAGCUCCAGCUAACGUUCAGUCAACACUGGCGGUAAUAUGCAUCGAUAACACAGCUAAAGAAAACCCCCCAAAAAUUGACGACAGGGCAUUUUUCAUUCCCCGUGGUGACAAGUCAUGCAAACAAGUGGACAGCCUCAGUGCUCCUGAAAUUGAUGAACAGAAAACUGAGGCCGACCAGGUGGUGUUUUCACAGUGGAUUCCACUACCCCGAGGUGGAGAACAGCUUAAGAUGUCUCGCUGGUUUCAACACGUUAUCAGUGUCAUACAGUUGGACAUCAAGCACAGUUCAAAACAGCCUAUGGGUAAAAACCCAGUCCUCACUAUGGACGUGAGACUUGGAUAUAGUAAUAAAAAUGACUCGGAUUGGUAUGAACUUGCUCGUGCUAAGGAAGAGCGCCCCCUGGACUGCUACAAUAACGAAGAUGAUCAACAGGAAGGUGACUAUUACCAUUGUGAACCAAUUCCAUUCUUUGAGCUGGGCAGCUGCCAUCAUCAUUACUAUGUAAUCAACAUCAGGAUUCCUGUUAGACGUGGGGCCAAUUCCGACAUCGGACAGAUAGAGGAUGUACAUAUUAUUGCAAUUCAUCAGAAUGGAGGUUUCACUAAAGUGUGGUUCUCCAUCAAGACCGUUCUCUUUCCAAGUCUUCUGGCUGUGAUCGUGUGGUUUUGGAGAAGAAUCCAGAUGCUCAGUCGCUUGCCCAAUCUACUGGAAAGAACACUCUUUGCUUUGGGAAUUGUGCUGAGCAUUUUGAACUGUCCCAUUGAGUGGCUGACCCUGUGGUUUGACAUGCCCUUCAUGAUGCUGAUAGGAGACGUCCGGCAGGGAGCGUUCUACGCCAUGUUGCUCUCAUUCUGGAUUAUAUUUGCUGGAGAACACAUGAUGGAUCAGUUGGAAAGGAACAGACUUGUAAUAUACUGGAAACACUUGGGAGCUGUGGUGUUCGGCUGUCUCGCUCUCUUUGUGUUUGAGAUUUGUGAAAGAGGUGUUCAGCUGUCCAAUCCAUUCUACAGCAUUUGGGUGACAGAGACCGGAAGACAUCUGGCUCUGGCAUUCAUUAUCCUGGCUGGCUUUGCAGCAUGCACCUAUUUCAUCUUCCUGUGUUAUAUGGUGUACAAAGUGUUCCGAAACAUCAGCUCUAAAAGCACAGCUCUGCCUCAGAUGAGCAGUGUGCGCAGAAAAUACUACAAGGGCCUGAUUUUCCGAUUCAAGUUCCUGAUGCUGACCACCCUGCUGUGUGCCGCACUGACCGUCAUCUUCUUCAUCAUCAGUCAGGUCAGCGAGGGGCGCUGGAAGUGGGGGGACGAGGGCAUCAGUCUCGAGUACUCCAGUGCCUUUCUCACAGGAGUGUAUGGCAUAUGGAAUGUUUACGUGAUUGCUUUGCUCUCCCUGUAUGCGCCAUCCCACAAGAAUGUUACAGAUAUAGACUCACCCAAUACGAGCCAGGAGGAGGAGGUUCAACUCACUCAGAUUCCCUCCGAGGUGUCCGCGAUGACCGCGUUCACAAGCAAGGCUGCUGCAGACUAGCUGAAAACCAUGAUCCUUGGUACUUGCACGACGCUGCUACCUAUAGCAGCUUGGAGACAAAACUAUAGUCCAUCCCACAGAGAACGCCUUUUUUCAUGUUGUGGAAUUAACUUCAAGCCAAUUGUGUUCUAAAUUGGAGACAAAAAAUAGUUGUUGUUUUUUGUUAUUUCCAAAACACUUUUAAUUUUCUUUUUACAUGAAACAAAACUGAAAUUAUUUACAAAAUAAAACAUUUUUGUAAGAGGAUGGGACGGACUAUAGUACUGUACUUUUUUUACCAGUGGGUUCUAAUACCUGCAUGUGUUUUAACAGUACAAGGUUUCUGCUGCAAAUAAUUUUAUGACAGCUAGUACUGAACACGACAAACAAAAAUAAAUCAUAUGUGCUGUUUAGGUGUACAUUAUAUAAAGGAAUAUAUGGCUGAAAACAUAUUUGCAUUUAAACCAGGACUUGCUUGCAAUGUGGCUUAAAGAUCUGUAGAUAUUUUGUUGGCAAAAGUGUUGUUCCAAUGAGCAGAGUUACAUAAGAUGAAUUUUAAAACAAAAUAUUCAUCAUAGCCCGUGUUGUAUACAAAAUUAGAAAUAUAAGAGUUGUGAUUAUUAUUUGUGAUUGUACUCGAUGCCAGAUUUACAUUCUAAGGAUAUUGGUUUUUUGUUUGUUUUUUUACCAAAGUUUUAUAGUUCUGCUGGUCAGAAAAUUUAUUAUUUAGUUUUCGAAUCACAAGUCAAAUAAAAACCUUAUUGUUAUUAAACCACAAGGAUAGAGUAAUUAUAAUGUUUUUGAAAGACAAAAACAUUUGGAUAACAAUGGUUUCAUCUUUAAAACUAAUAAUAUUUUGUAUAGAUAUUAGUUAUUUUGGAUAUAGUUUUGUAACCACCAAGAUAGAAUAAUAUUUAUGAAAGAAAAACGUAUUUGGACAUCAAUGGCUUCAUCUUUAAAACUAAAAAUAUUUUGUUUAGAUAUCAGUUAUUUUGAAUAUCAAGUUUUGUAUCCAGUAUAACCAUUUUACAAUGUACUGGGGUUUUUUACUGUUUGGAUUUAAUUUGUAAAAUGAAAUUCAUAAUUUUUAAAGAGUAAAUGUAUGGUAUGUCAGUCUACAUGAUAAAGUUAUGCGUGUAAGUUCUUUUGUUUAUCUGUUGUGCAAUACUAUAUUUAUCUGGCAUUGUUUCGAUAUUACUCUUUAUUUCAUAGUUUGAAACUGCUGAGUUUAUAGUAAUGGUUUACAUUUUUUUAAAUAUACAUACAGAUGUACAUGUAUCUGUAUUUUCCAGUGUUUGUAUAUGUAGCAUUGUAUUUAGUAAUUUCUUUACCCGGUACUUACUUAAGAUUUAAUAGAAUCGUAAUAAAUACAUAUUUUACUGGCUGUCUGUGAAAUUAACAAUUGGGAAGAAUGUUAUAUGUGAAUUAUAUAUAUUACAAAGGUGCACAUAACAAAACAGUACUUAUAUGUUGAUUAAUGUUGGAAUGUUGUAUUAAUGUACUCAUUUGUCUUUACACACCUUUUUCAGUAAGUUAAUUUAUUAGCUUGAUGAAGUCAAUUCAUUGUAACAAAAAGGGAUUCAGAAUUUUUCUUUCAUUAUAAUAAUUUCGAAAGGUUAUAUAUCAAUUAUGAAAUUUGCAUAUUAAGUAAUUUUAAAUCAGGUUUCAUUGGUAAUACUUAUAUUAGCUCAGAAGUUUGGUAUAUAUUAUUACGUUAAACAUAAAAAAAUUCAAAAUUCAGUUCUUUUUAUUACAACCUGGUAAGUACAUAAAAGUCAGUUUUGUUACAGUCUAAUUUUGUCUCGCCAUUUUGAAGUAAAAAGGCAAGAUAUAAGAUAUACAUUUCCAUUGGUGGUGACAGCUGCAACUUUUGCAUUAAACUUUUAUCAUUAAAAGUUAAGUAUUUUGAUCAGUUUCUGACAAAAUAUAGGUGAGACAUUUAAUUGCACAGAAUUUGUUUUAAAAAAUAUGUAAUUAUGACAAGUGUCUUCCAUACUUUAUUCUUUUUAAGCUUCCAUAGAUCUGCUUUUUUCCGUGCCAGUAAUCAAGUGUAUAUUUGAUAUUUGUAUACAAUAAAGUCAUGUACAUUUUGGUAGUAUUUUUACACUUUCAGACCAGUUACAUAGUUUUAUAUAUUGUUAUAAUGCAUGUUUUUGCAGCUUGUAUUUAAUGUGUCACUUUUUAACAAUGUUACAGUUAGUAGUCAAUAAAUUAAUUGUAAUGAAAAA